GGUAACUUGGCCUUGGGGGGAUAUAUGGGCUGAAGGUAUUCGUUAGGGAUGCUGAGUUUUGAGCGGUAUUGCUCUGCCCUAGAUGUGGUGGCGUGGAUAGAUAUCCUGCGCCCGAGAAGAGAAACCUUUUGACCCCGUUUACUGCAACUGCUACCAUUCUGUGCAUAUAGACAAUAUCACCUUUAUUCCCACCCCAACCUCUCCACAUACAUGUUCUCUAUUCAAGAACACCAAAUUCCACACCCAUCGUUACUCGUGGCAAAUUCGUGCGAAGCCAAAUUAUCACCCAUCAUUGAUAACCUCUCGUCAACAUCCCAACCGCACACCUCCAUCACGCACCCCCUCACAACCAACACCAUGCCACCACCCCGCACAAUCACCGACUCAGAUGCAGACACCUCACCCAUCUCACCAUCCGCCUCCUCAGUCCGCCCCUCCCCGCCCCCGACAACCAUCGCGCUCGGGGCAUCCAGAAAGCGUUCCGCCUCCUCCGACCCCACCUCUGCGGACCAUCCAUCCACAACCCCAGAGCCGGAGGAGCAGCUGAGCGAAGAAGCCAAGGCGGAGGAGAAGAGGGCGAAGCAGAUUGUGAGUCCUUUGUACUGGAUUGGGUUGGGGGUUGGGAAGGUGCUAAUGAAGUAGGAGGCGAUUAAGGCACGAAAUAAGGAGUUGGCCGAUGAAGUGGAGGCUAUGGAAGCGAAGCUUGCGGAUGCGAGGGGGAAGUUAAAGUACGCCCCCCACCCACCUCCACCCCACAGAUUCCAGUGAUAUAUAGAGUUGGCAGUGCAGUAGCUAACGG